AUGAAGCAAGUGUGCAUUCUUCUAGCUGUGCUGCUCUGCAUGGCAGCCGUCGCGGACGCCAUAAGCAAUAUACGUGUCUAUGCGACAACGUGUGAGAAAUGUAAAAGCAUCGGAGCGGUGAAGUGUGGCAAUGGAUAUUUAAAGUUGGUCUCGUGCGUUGGACAGACUGCCAUUAAUAACUGUGGAAGCUGUACUGGGAGACAGGGUCGGUGUUCGAACUUUAUCUCUUCGCAAUGCUUCUUGUGA